UGAAGAAGUAAAGGCACAUGCCGUGGAAAUCGGCAUUCUAUUUUGAUAUUCGCUGAUUAAGAGACUCUCAUUCCUAUUUAGAACAGCUUGAAAAACGGUCGUACGAGUAUCAGUGAAAUUCCUCGAAGCAAAUCUGUCGCUAAACCGCCAUUGAACUGAAUUAAUUUGCAAAGCGCCACAUCAAAACCGGACAAUUAACUGAAAAAUCAUCAACUUUUUCAACACUUUUGACCAUUUUGAAAUCUCUUUUUCUCUUCCCCCUUGACUUGGCUAGAGAGAAGUUAUUUCAUUUUACACUAUUGAGGUGGACUUUGCUGUGCAAUUCUUCUUUCUCUCCUGUGACUGAGUGAAAUUUCCGCGAAUUCUACUGACAUACGAGCCAAAUUUGGCCUUAUUAAUGUGGCAAAAAUUGAAGUUUAAGUGAUUCAAAAAAAGGACUUUCCUUUCGACCACUCUGAAGGUCUCUCUUUUAUUUGGCUCAGUACAAAAAGACAUAAUUCAGCGUAGAGAAACGCUCGUGAGUGAAUAUUUUUUACGUGCUCAAGACAUUUGAUUGGAAAAACCACCACUUCUUGGCAAGAAUUUCUCCAGAAAACUGACCACAAUGGAUCGGAUUCACAAAAGUUCUUCCAAAACGCCACUGGCGCCAACGGAAUACUCUGAAUUUCCCAUUAUCACAAAGUAUGAUCAGAAGCGGCAAUCGGCGCGGACUGAAUUGAGAGACACGUUAUACACGAAGAGCAAGGCUGAGAUGAACGACGUGCCAGCAGCCACGGCGGCCGGAUCGACGCUGCCCCUCGUCCAGCUGAGGAAGGAUGAGGAAGCGGGCGAGUACAAUCCGUUCGAGCACCGGAAGGUGACUCAUCCCACCACAGACACCGAGACGCUGGUGCACCUGCUCAAGGGCUCCCUCGGCUCGGGCAUCCUGGCCAUGCCGCUGGCCUUCCUCAACGCCGGCCUGUGGUUCGGCCUGGUGGCCACGCUGCUCAUCGGCAUCAUCUGCACCUACUGCGUGCACAUCCUGGUCAAAUGCUCGCACAAGCUCUGCCGCAGGACUCAAAUUCCGUCCCUGGGAUUCGCUGACAUCGCCGAGACCGCCUUCCUCGCCGGCCCCGAUGGUCUGCACAAGUGGUCCCGCUUCGCCAGGUUUAUCAUCAAUCUCUUCCUCGUCGUGGACCUCAUCGGCUGCUGCUGCGUGUAUGUGGUGUUCGUGGCGACCAACAUCAAGCAAGUCGUCGAUCACUACUACUCAGUGGAUCUCGACGUGCGCGUAUACAUGGCCUUCCUCCUGCUGCCACUGAUCCUGAUCAAUCUCAUCCGCAAUCUCAAGUACCUCACGCCCUUCUCCAUGGUCGCCAAUGUGCUCAUCGCCGCCGGAAUGGGCAUCACGAUGUACUACAUCCUCUCAGACUUGCCAUCUGUCUCUGAGCGCCACGCCAUCUCCGAUGUCAAGCACAUGCCCAUGUUCUUCGGCACUGUCAUCUUCGCCCUGGAGGGAAUCGGCGUAGUCAUGUCCCUGGAGAACAACAUGAAGAACCCCAACCACUUCAUUGGCUGCCCUGGAGUCCUCAACACUGGCAUGGCUUUCGUUGUUGGACUGUACGCCACUGUCGGCUUCCUGGGAUACCUCAAGUACGGCGAGGACACCAAGGGUAGCAUCACCCUCAAUCUGCCCAUCGAUGAAAUGCUUGCUCAAUCUGUCAAGCUCAUGAUCGCCAUCGCCAUUUUCCUCACCUAUUCGCUUCAGUUUUACGUCCCAAUGGAGAUUCUGUGGAAGAACCUCAAGGGGAACUUCAAUGACAACCACAGGAAUGCUGCUGAAUAUUCACUCCGAGUUGGCCUUGUGAUCCUCACAGUUGGCAUUGCUGCUGCGAUCCCCAAUCUUGGCCCCUUCAUUUCCCUCAUCGGAGCUGUCUGCUUGAGUACUCUAGGACUGAUCUUCCCGUCUGUAAUUGAGAUCGUGACGUACUGGGAGUCCGGAAUGGGUCAGUACAACUGGCGAUUGUGGAAGAAUAUCCUGCUGAUUGUGUUUGGCGUCAUUGGUUUCCUCACUGGCACAUAUGUUAGUGUGAUUGAGAUCAUCGAGGCACACAUUUAAGCACUAAUUUCCCAGAAUCUUCACCGUUGAUUGUUUUGACUUUACCCGCGAAGGAGGACAAGAAUAUUCAUCUUGCUCAUUUUUAUAAUCUUUCGACGAACAUUGUAUUUUGUGUAGUGUUAUUUCUAAAUGUCCAUUCUAGUUAGCGAAUUUACAGUGAAUUUUCUUUCUAGUGAAAAAUAAAAAGAACACGAUAAAUUGUGAUUUCUCUAUUAAUCGUUAAAAAAAAACAUAUUUUAGUGAUGCGAAAGACAGAAAUCGAGAAAAAAAUUCAAAUGUAAAUUUGUCAUUAGGCAAAAAAAUCUUGGCAACUCAAAGAAAAGAAAAGAAUGAAAAUUCAAAAAAAAAUUAUGCGAGAGAAACAUGUUCGAGGGAGAAUUUGUGAAAACUGUGGUGAAAAAAUGAAAAAUACUUUUAUGCAUACAUUUUAGUUGAUAAGAUGAUUUAUAAACAAAAUGAAAUUACGCAAUAAGGCUUUACUUUUAGCUUUUAAUAAUUAUUUUCCUCAAUAGGAAAUGUCUAUAAAUAUAUUUUUUCCUCAUACGGAAAAUAACUUUAUUAUCGGUCGCUAAUACCGCUCAUGGACUUGGAACUUGAAUUUUAGUGUCUUGAAAAGUGAGUUCUCAAAUGUAAAGCUUUAUCUGGAGACAGAAAUUGAUGCUAAUCAAAACGUAUCGUCAGAUACCAAAAAAAACAGCCUGUACAAUGUUAGUAUUUAACGAGAAAACCAGACGAAUCUUGUGUUGGAGAGCCUAGUUUUUAAGAAACCAAAAUUUCUAUUCUCUGCUUCUGUGAUCGGCACAACUGCUAGAAUUAGAGCCAUUUCUUUUACCUUUUUAUUUUGUCUUCUCAAGUAUUAUGAAAUAUUGGACAGCAAUAGAAUAACCUCAUUUUCUACACUCAUCAAAAAAUAAAUUUUCGUUCAUAUAAAAGCAAAAGGAAAAGAAAAAAAAACCGAAAAAAGAGGACUUUAAGCAAUUUUUUUGAUUUGUUAAAAUACGCCAGAGAAACACUGACGAGAAGUGUGAUAAUAUAAUAGUGAUUAAAAUAUUUAAUCCAGUAAAUAAAAGUGUACAAUUGACAGAUGUAGUUGUGCAAGGAAAUGUCAUCUGAAAUAGAGAAUUUCACAAAUAUAAAAAAAUAGAAUUAUUUUGUUCUGUGCCUUCUCACCAUACAAAAGAAAAAAAUGAAAUGUAUUCGAAUCAUAACGGAACACACUUAAAAUUUGCAUAAACAUAAUCUAUGUAACUUGUUUAGUGUUUAGGAAACUAUUGGUUUUGUAGUGAUAGACUUGAAUCAAUAUUUUGUUAUUUUUUAAAGACAAUAAAAACCUUAUAUACAUUUAAUAAAGCGAGGAAAUGAAAGAA